AGGAGUAAACAGAAGCCGUGAAGACUGUGCUCGUGUGAGUGAAGGAGUGAGGACUGGGUCUGUGGUCUGUCUGUAGCUCUCUACGUCCUGCGACUGUUAGUUUGACACACAUGGUGGACAGAGAAGAGGACGGCGUGUCUCCUCACGGCUGGGUGUGUAUGUGUGUGUGUGUGUGUGAGACAUGUGUACCACUGCUUCUAUGCCUCAGCUAUCUAUCUGUAUUUUGUACCCAGGUCUGUACUGACUUGACGGCAGCUGCGUCAAAUAAAGUCAGUUCCCACAUCAGAAAAAAAAAACACCACCACCUGAUAGCACUCUGCUUUCCUGUGACCUUGAACGCGUCCCAAAUCCUGGUCAUGAUUUGUCGUUUGACUCUGACAGAUUUCUACCAGGGACAGUUACUGACUUACUUACUUUACCUCCUAAAAACAUCUGUGAUUGAGAUUUUUUUUUUACCACAUUUCCAUGUGAGGACUCGUCAUCAGCCCCUGGACAUGAUGUCAGGCCGGGCUGCAGGGGUAGAGCUGGUGUUUUAAAAUGUAAAGGGAUACUCAGCUCUCCACCGACAGGCUGUUGAGCAGAGUCUCAUUAACAGGAUCACUUUACAAGCCUCAAACAAACAGGUCAUUAUCCAUCACUGACUGCCUGCUCUUCUCUGGUCUUUACAAAUCCCAAAGUUGACUCGAAUUAAUAACCAAUUUCAUUUCAAAAUAAUCAGUCAGUCAGGUAUUUGAAUGUGUUGGGGGAAAAGUGGAUUUUAUAUUAAAACACAUCUGAAUGUGUGACUAAAUGUCAGAGUUAGAGCGCGAUUGUCUUUCAAUAUGCGUCAGAAUUUCAUUUCACAUUGUUAAAUGUUUUUGUUUCUUUUCUUUACAAUAAAACAAAAGAACCUGGAAAGUUCGAGUGUCUAUUGAGGAUUUUCAAUGCCACACUUCCGUGGACCCCCGCCCCUACCUCUAACUCUGAGAGGAGGGUCGUCCAGCCUUUGGCCACCUGCACCUGCGACACCUGGUAAACGACGGCUUCUCUGCGCGCAUGCGUAAUGAGCUGCCAAAAAUCCCAACGCAGUGUCUUCAACUCUGUCAAGCAACAGUGUCCCAAGAGAUAAAGUCAGACAGAGAGAGAGAGCUGCGUGAAGAGGAGGUGAAGUGUGCCGCAGGUUCUCAGACCGGACGAGAAGAAUUCAAGAAGACGCAGGAAAUAAAAGAAAAUGCCGAGGUCUUUUCUGGUGAAGAGUAAACGGGCCCACAGCUACCACCAGCCCCGGGCUUUCGACGAUGACAACUGCGGCUUGGAUACAGUUCUGGCUUACGCCUGUCUGGAGAACAACAAAUCUCAGGAGCCGCAGGAAGACGUGAGCGCCGGCGCUGACAGACUGUCCCCCGGGGCCAGGCUGCUGUCCCCGGGGUCUCUGUCCUCCGGCUCCCCGCUGAGCUGCGGGGACAGCGUUUGUGACCGAAACUCUGACUGUGAUUUCUGGCGACCUCCUUCUCCUUCCUCCUCACCGGAUUUAGACAAGUGCUCCACUCCAGCAGCGGAGGACGGUCACCACUUCAACUUCCCCCUCUUUCCUUACUCCUGGUCAGCCUACUCCAGCUCUGAGCUCCGGCACCUGGUCCAGGGUCCGUUCAACCAUCAGCACCACCAGUUGGGCCACAGGGAGCCCGGCGCAGCCAUCGGCAUGUACCGCGCGGAGGAGAGCAGCCCCGAGGCCCCGCUGUACUCACAGAGAGGAUCUGCGGCCGGAUGUUACCAGGAUUAUUCUGCAACGGCCCAACAAAUGCGCAGGAUGCGUGAGACAGACGAGCUGUAUCUGGAUGUCAAACAGAAGCCCCGCGGGCCGGAAAUCAAGUCUGAGGGGGAUUUUAUCUGCUCCAGCCUGGAGCCCAACAGCUCCUACAAGUGCAUCAAAUGUUACAAGGUGUUCUCCACUCCGCACGGCCUGGAGGUUCACGUGCGCCGGUCGCACAGCGGGACGCGGCCGUUCGAGUGCGGGAUCUGCGGGAAAACCUUCGGCCACGCAGUGAGCCUGGAUCAGCACAGAGCAGUUCACUCCCAGGAGAGAAGCUUCAGCUGUAAAAUCUGCGGCAAAAGCUUCAAGCGCUCCUCCACGCUGUCCACGCACCUGCUCAUCCACUCGGACACACGGCCUUAUCCCUGUCAGUACUGCGGCAAGAGGUUCCACCAGAAGUCAGACAUGAAGAAACACACUUUCAUCCACACGGGGGAGAAACCACACAAGUGUCAGGUGUGUGGGAAGGCCUUCAGCCAGAGCUCCAACCUGAUCACACACAGCAGGAAACACACGGGCUUCAAACCGUUCGGCUGUGACCUGUGUGGAAAAGGUUUCCAGAGGAAAGUGGACCUGAGGAGGCACAAGGAGACACAGCACGGACUCAAAUGAACCACAUGUCCAUGUUUUUCUAUGAAACGCUGCACUUUUUACUCACUAAUUAUGUAUUAUUUGGACCCUAUUUUAUUUCCCUUCAUUUGUUUUUUCUACUGUUAAAUAUAGUUAAUUAUUAAGCCUUAAAUAUUCGGCUUGGUUUAACCGAAGAUAAAGAAAUACCGUAUUUAUGCUUAGUGUUUGAGAACUCUUGAUAUUUAAAGUUGAAUAAUUUAUGACCUAAACUGCCUGCGUUCCACUGGAAACGCAGCGGAUGUACUUGAACUUGUUGGACUCAUGGUGAAAAAUAAUAAAAUGUCACUCCUGAAGCUCAUCUGUCUGUUUCGUGUAUUUUACUCUGAGGUAAUACAUAGUUAAUAAAAGGGUCACAUCCAAAAUCUAAUGUCUGAUAUUAGCACAUAUCAACAUACCAAGUGCCGAAAACGGGAGUCACUGACGAUGCGAUCACAGUCUAAAUAUCCACAUCAAAAUAACAACAUUGUUACACGUACACAGUAGGAUACGUCCAUGACUCAAAACACCAAAACGCAGACUAUAACAGUCAAGUGUCGGGGUUUGGUCAGGUGGUGCUGCGACAACAGCCACCUCCGUCCUCCUUCAUUCAUCAUGUUCUGAUAAGAACUGGAACUACAGAAUUAGAACUGUGAAUUACUCCUCGUGUGUACAGUACGGAAGGAACACGUCCACUGCAUGUAACACAUCCAGUCAACACUCAAAUGGCGGCCUGCAGGCCGAACCCAGCCCACCGCACUGUCCGAUCCGGCCCACGACUGGAUUACAGAUUUAUUUCAUUUUAUUUGCGUGUCUAACCCUUAAAGUGUUUGUCCAAAAACAACAUGGGGUUGGCGACCCCAGUGGGCCACAACACUGACGUGAUGGACCAAAUGUGGCCCAUGGGCCUUGAGUUUGACCUGUGUGGUUUUUUUUCCUGGGAAACGUGAUGCAAGACAACCCAC